AUGCCGAAAAACAAUCGACCCGCGACGUCUGGUUAUGCUCGUUUGGCCCAAGAGGAAGAGGAUAGACAUAACGACCCCUACGAAUACUCGGAUGACGAUGAUCUGUACCAUACUUCCAGCACAGUUAAUCCCUACGGCACACAUUAUGAACCGAUCUCAACCCGAGGCUCGAUGCCCCCAGGCGUCGCAACGACGCCGCCCGAAUACCGACGGAGAUCGAGCGUACAACACCGCCGAGGACGGAGGAAUUCGGCCGUGGACAUCAAGGCUAUCAAUGCACGUCUUGAGCGCUGGGCAGAGGAAUUUGCCUCUAAAUUCAAGAUUCAUCGCGUGAAAGGAAAGACACUCGAGGAGGAGAAGCUGGAGAUUUACCAUUCGGUUUUUCAACCACCUAAUGGCGUUCGACCGAUCACAGCGGAAGAGCUGGACUCGGAGGAAGCUGAGAUGGCUACGCGAAAGGCUCGGGAGGGGUUUGAGGAAGUUGUGGAGAGCGUGCGGUUGGCUAUCGAGCUCGGCGUUCACCCCCGAAUGAUCUCCCAAGGCAGCUCAGGAAGUUAUUUUGCGCGCAAUAGCGAAGGAAAAGUCGUUGGAGUUUUCAAACCCAAGGAUGAAGAACCGUAUGCAUCCCGCAACCCGAAAUGGACCAAAUGGAUACACCGAAAUCUAUUCCCUUGCUUUUUCGGUCGCGCAUGCUUGAUUCCCAACUUGUCCUAUGUCUCGGAAGCUGCCGCCUAUGUACUCGACUCUCGUCUUCGCACCAACAUGGUGCCUUACACUGAUAUAGUAUGGCUGUCGUCAAAGUCGUUCUACUAUGAUUUCUGGGAUCGAAGAAAAGCUUGGAUGGGCAAAAAACCGCUCCCUCCCAAAGCGGGGAGUUUUCAGGUUUUCCUUAAAGGCUACAAAGACGCUAAUCUUUUCUUGAGAGAGCAUCCGUGGCCAGAUCAGACGAACACCGGCUUCCGUGCUCAGGACGCUCCGAAACGCAAGAAGCGCCCCUGGAAUGAGGCUUGUCGACCGUCCGGGAUACAAUCGGACGAUGAAGACGAGGGAGAAGAGGACGAAGAUUAUCAUGCUCGCACACCGUCUCCACAAGAGGAAAGCAGGGAGCGACGAUUCUACUGGACGGAGAAUCUCAAACAGUCCUUUAGGGAAGAAUUGGAGAAACUGGUUAUCCUGGAUUAUAUUAUGCGAAACACAGAUCGUGGUUUGGAUAACUGGAUGAUCAAAAUCGACUGGAAAACAGAGGAUGUCUCGAUUGUGGCGGAGCCGCCAAAGCCGAACGAGCACCAGCAGGAUGAUGACGACCAUUUGGUUCCUCCACGACCAGUUUCGGUCAACUCUGACAAGGCAACCUCUCCGUCAUACCCAUAUCGGCGACAUGAGACGAUGCAAGCUGUGAGUCGUACGGGAACUCCUCUGAAUUCUCAGGAGCCUCAAGCGACUAUCCAGAUUGGCGCCAUUGACAACAGUCUGUCAUGGCCCUGGAAACAUCCUGAUGCCUGGCGAAGCUUUCCCUUUGGCUGGCUGUUUCUACCAGUUUCCCUAAUUGGACAGCCAUUUUCCCAAAAGACUCGAGACCACUUUUUACCGCUUUUGACCUCGACCGCUUGGUGGAGCGGUACGCAAAUGGCUUUACGGCGGGUUUUCUCACAGGAUGACGACUUCAAAGAGAGUAUGUUUGCGAGGCAGAUCGCGGUCAUGAAAGGGCAGGCGUGGAACGUGGUCGAAACAUUGAAACAACCGGAUCAUGGUCCGCUUGAGCUCACGCGAAGAACGCGCGUCUGUGUUUGGGACGACCUGGUAGAUGUUCCGGUUGCCAUUCCUCUUCGAGGGCCGUCAACGGAGGCCCAGCGACGUAAGAUCAGAGGUUAUGAUGAUCGCUACGACCCAGACAAUGAAGAAAUGGACAUAGGCGCUGCUAUGUCAGUAGCUGAUCAGGACUUGAUGGGAUUUCAAUCACCACCUAGUGAAUUGCCCAACCCGAACCGAUUUGAGCUUUCUCGAGGUCGGACUUCUCGUGAUUCUGUACGGCCUCCGACUGCCAGCUCUACCGAUUAUGGAUUCAGCCGCGACAGUGCCGAUGGCCUCAGCCCAAGGAGGAACGGAGAUCAGACCUGGCCGUCACUUCCUCCCCGGCCGGGUAACAAGCAUCAGAAACACAGCUCCGUGUCCAGUGCACGUGGGGCCCACGUAAUCUGGAGCAGCGAUGAUCUGGAGGGUGACCUCGGUUAUGCGGCGGCAGAGGGAAUGGAAGGGAACCAGCGCAAAGUUAUCGUCGAGCGAAUAGAGGCUGUUAAGAGUAAAAAUCCUGUUUUUACUUGGUGCUAG